AUGCCGACAGCUACAGCGACAGUUUUACAAGAGGAUGGCCACGAUAUCCUCCUCGAGCACAUCCUGUCAUGCCUAGCCGACGACUGGCGCAGCCUCCUCGCGGCCAGCAAUGUAACUCGCCGAUGGAAUAACGUAGUCACCUCCAGCCCUGUGCUGCAGAUCAUACUUCGCAGCGCGUACUAUGGCCACCCGUCAGCGUACCGUCGUCGCCUGCUGCAGACCCCGACGUGGGCGACGGUCGACCGCAUGAUCGAGCUCGAGCGCCGCUGGUCGGCCAUUGAACCAAAGCGUGUAGAUUUGGUUGACAUUGGCACCAGGUGGCUCACUGCACACGACGGGCUGCUUGUACUGCAAACAACAUCAGGGAGACCGGAGCGUCUCACUCCAAGCGGAUACACGCCCGAUGACAGCUGGACCUUGUUCGACUUCUCCCUUCCUCGGGUCGCCGGGACGACACCAACGCCAGUUAUCAAGGUGGUUGCUCCGUACCAUUUCGAGUCUUUCGCCGUAUCCCGCGCGCAUAACCUCAUUGCCGUGGUGACAAUUCCUGUAGACUGUCGCAGGUCGUUCAAUCAAACGCUCGAGAUCCGCUUUUUCCUGCUGGACGCGGCCGACGACAAUGGCGACGCCAUCCCUCACCCGGCUGCUGCCGUCCCGCUUCUCCGUGUAAAGACGCGCUGGACAGAGCGUCAAUUCUCAUGGUCACGUCAGCUUGUAUACUCGCGCAGGUAUCACAUCAACAUCAUUGGCGAUUACGUUCACUACAACUCCGAGGUCGAUGAACCCCAAUGGGCCCGGAUGUGGAAUUGGCGCACUGGAAAAGAGAUUAUAACGUGCAAGGGAUACACACACGAUCUCCAAACCACCAGAUACCUGCCGACCGGAAAGGACGUCCUAUUCGCUGUUGGCCGUACGUUCCGGGGGAACUGGAACCACUUUGAGAAGGGCUUGCCCGAGGUCAACGACCAGCAUUGUGGGGCCGUCUGCCCCGAAUGCGCCAAGGUCUCUGGACACGAUGGCGAUCUCGGCUGGCAAGUCGGCAUAGGGUUUCUGACUCGGCAUCCAGACCCGGCGACCCAUAUGCCCAACGUGCCUCAAGGCGAUCGUCUCGACGACUGGGAGCAAGCGCACACUACCCCAGACGUGGCUCGGGAGGGCUGGGUUGACUUGUUUCAAGGCCUUGAGGUCGAGGAUGCGCUCUUUCAGGGCUAUCACUGGGACGUUGACCGCCGCCGCGGCGACAAGCCUCUGUUCCUCGACGCGGUCGAUGUCAACGAAGACGCUGAUCUGGCCAGCAUGACAGUGGACAUCGCCCAUGGCCAGGAGUGUCGCCUUGAGACCGUCUUGACGGUUCGGACAAGUUCACUCCGACAGGCGCUCGCCUCAGGCCGUGCGAGCCUGCAAGGGAGUCGAGGUCUGGUAGAUUGGCGACCCAAUACGCGCGGCGCUCCAACCUUGUCUGGCCAGCGGACCGUCUGCUUGGGCGAUAUCAACGACUCUAGGGAGAAUCGGGAAGAGUGUCAGGUAUAUGUCACAAACUACGCAGCCCAGAGUAUCCAUCCAAGCCCGCUUGGUGCGGCUGCUAGACCGUCCAGCACCUCUCCAAACCCGACCCCACUCGCAACCUACGCGCCGUUGCCAGACGGAUUUGCGUGGGUCGACUCGGCCGAGGUUGUUCACGAGGGCGACGACAUCAAUCUUCCUACCUGCUGGCCCAGUACACCACCAAUCACAAUGCCAAGGACGACAGUGAAGCGCGGCAUAGCGAUCCCUGGCUGCAUAUACUAUGCCCAGGCGGAUACCGAACAUCUCUACAUCCUAACGCACAUAUCCGCCGUCCCCGAUGAAGAUGAAAGGACAGAGUACACAGAGUACGCAGAGUACACAGAGUACACAGAGUACACAGAGUACACAGAGUACACAGAGUACUUGCUUGUCAUCAUGACCUUCUAG